CAUUAUCUUAUGGAAAGCAACGUGCAAUACGUGAAUUAGAUUAUCUAAACGCCGGAAAAAUAUUUCUAUCAUUUAAGAAUCGUUUCUGGGAAAAAUCUCCACUCGAAACUGGUGGUUUACAGACGACCUCUAAUGUUGGCAUUGUCGGCGGAACUUCGUCAACUGACCUUCCUGUUCGUACUGUUGUCUAUCCUUCAUAUUAUCAAGGUCUGCCAACAAAUGGCUCUGGGGUUCUAUUAGCUUCCUAUACGUGGGGUAAUGAUGCUGCAAAGUAUGCUCCGUAUACUGAAGAAGAACGUUUUGAACUUGCUUUAAAAGAUAUAGUGACCCUUCAUGGAGAAAUAGCAAGAAAAGAAUGGAUUUCUGGUAAAGAGAAUAAUAAGGCUCAUUAUUGGACAAAUGAUAAAACUGUUGUUGGAGGGGCUUACGCUAAAUAUGGACCCGGACAAUUGGAAUUUUUGAUGGGAGCGAUGAUGAGACCUGAAGAUUGUAUACACUGGGCCGGCGAGCACACUGAUAUACAUAAUGCUUGGAUUGUUGGCGCUUUUAAUUCUGGUGUUAGAGUAGUUAAAGAAAUAUUACAAGAAAAUUUGAUGAAUGAUAAAUGGUUGAAAUUAAAAGACAUGAGAUUAUUAAAAUAUUGGAAUGGAAAUCUCGAUGCUUAUGCUGGUUAUUGA